UGACUUGGUGCAGGAAACUUCUGGGAGAACAGAACAGCUAAACCAGGCGAUUGUCUUAGGAUGGCUUUAUUUUAGCUUCACUUCCACAGCUGUUCACUUGUGUUUCUCCAAAGUGGCUUCUCCAGACCUCUUACCCCCAGGAGAGAAUUGGGACAAACCAAGGUGUCAACACACAGGUAAAGCAAAUUCUGCCCUGGAGUGGACAAUUCUGGGACUCUCAGUCAUUGAGACUUGAAUCUUGGGUCUUAGCUAUCCAAUAAAGACACUGCUCCGUCUUUAGUGGGGAGUCUGGCUAGCACUGCAGGCAAUCAGCCCAGGAAGCUGUUUCCGCCCUUUCAGCAAGCACAGUAAUCAACCUGGAGGAGAGACACAGCAGGGGCUGGAGCCAUGUUAGCCUCCUGGAAGGAAAAAAAGAAGUGGUAUUGGAUCCUAGGAGCAACAACCCCUCCACAGAAGAAGAUGACGGGGAGCCCAAAGUCUGCCGUGUGUGUGGAGACAGGGCAACUGGUUACCAUUUCAAUGUCAUGACCUGUGAAGGGUGCAAGGGAUUUUUCAGGCGAGUCAUAAAACGUAAUGUCCGGUUGAGAUGCCCCUUCCGGAAGGGUGCUUGUGAAAUCACCCAGAAGACUCGGAGGCAGUGCCAGGCCUGCCGGCUCCGCAAGUGCCUGGAUAGUGGAAUGAAGAAGGAAAAUACUCACACAGAGUUGGCCAUUGUGAUCAUGUCUGAUGCAGCGGUGGAGCAGCGGAGAGCCCUCAUCAAGAGAAAGAAGACAGAACAGCUGGGGACUCAGGCUCCAGAAGUCAAGGGGUUAACAGAGGAGCAGCAGAAGAUGAUCCUGGAGCUCAUGGAUGCUCAGAUGAAAACCUUUGACACCACCUUCUCCCAUUUCAAGAAUUUCCGGCUGCCAGGAGUACAGGGCAGUGACCCUGAGCUUCCCAAGUCCAUUGCUGUCAAUUCAGAGGAAGAAGCUGCCAAGUGGAACAAUAUCUCCAAAGAGUUCUGCCCCUUCUCUCUACGGCUGCAGGGUGAAGAUGGCACCAUACGGAACUACAAGUACUCAGCAGAUAGGCCAGGGAAAGAGAUCAUUUCUUUGUUGCCUCAUAUGGCCGACUUGUCAACCUACAUGUUCAAAGGCAUCAUCAAUUUUGCCAAAGUCAUCUCCUACUUCCGAGAAUUGCCUAUUGAGGACCAGAUUUCUCUAUUGAAAGGGGCCACAUUUGAACUGUGCAUCCUGCGCUUCAACACGAUGUUCAAUGCAGAGACUGGAUCCUGGGAAUGUGGUCGGUUUUCCUACUACUUUGAAGAUCCUGCAGGGGGGUUGCAACAACUUCUCUUAAAGCCUGUGUUGAAAUUCCACUACAUGUUGAAGAAGCUGCAGCUGCAUAAUGAGGAGUACGUGCUGAUGCAGGCCAUCUCCCUGUUCUCACCAGAUCGACCAGGUGUGGUCCAGCGUUGUGUCGUGGAUCAGCUGCAGGAGAGAUUCACCAUGACACUGAAGGCCUACAUAGAAUGCAAGCGUCCUCAGCCAGAGUACCGUUUCCUGUUUCUGAAGAUCAUAGCCAUGCUCACAGAACUCCGAAGCAUCAAUGCCCAGCACACCAAGCGAGUGCUGCAGAUUGAAGACAUCCAUCCCUUUGCCACCCCUCUCAUGCGAGAGUUAUACAACAUAAUGGACAGCUGAACAGUCAUCUCACUUUGAAGGCUGCCUAGCACCAAGCAGCUAGUGUACCUCCAACAACAGCAAGGCCUCUGGCUAUCAACGCUUGGAUGGACAGAAAUCAGCAAGAGUCAAGAUCUCUCCAUGAUCUGACCUGCAGGGUCCAGCCUUAACUUCUUGGAUUUGUCCUAGAGGGUUGGUCCUUUCAGUACUCACUCCCAUCUGACUUUCCUGGAAAAAAGUGAUUGUUUCCCCCUCAGUUUGUACCUCUACUGCACCCUUCUCUUGUACAUAGCAAAGCAGUCGGCAUAGCACCUCCCUGGCUUAUGGGUGCUGUAGCAGGAUGGAGCAGAAUAUUUUUUUUUUCCUCCAGAAAAGAUGAUGCUGGUCAGGGAUGGAAUUCCAAUGAGAUAUGGUGGUGGGGCCCUAUGAGGAGGUAAUGGGAAGACUGGAAGCUGUUUUGUGUCUGUGGGACUACAUCUCCACCUAUGUUUAUUAGUACCUCAUCCAUCACUUCCUCCACUCUUGCUUCUACUUCUUGCUACAUAAACCCAGCCUCCACCUUCUCCCAUCUACUUGUCCAGAUUACCCCACACCUACUCUGUAUGUGAGCUCUUGGAUUUAUGUGCCUAGGAGUGUGUGUGUGCGUGUGUGCAUGUGUGUGUGUGUGUGUGUGUGUGUGCGCGCGCACACGCAUGCAUAAGUGCAUUCCUGAUUGUAUCUAAGGGAAUAAUAAAAAAAUUGUU